UAAUUUCGUAUUCACAUUCGCGCGCCGUACCGCGCUAGACGUGUCCCGCCAUUUAAUUUCUUUUUAAUUUUUCAACUUUUUAAUUUCGUACGCAUUUGGAUUCACAGUGAAUUUUGAAGCUAUUGUUGUUUUUUUGUGUUAUCUGUUCUUAUCUGUGGAAUGAAGGACUUUACACAACUCGUGAGGGGAACCGCGUGGAGGUCGACCUGAUAGGGUAUAUUGAUAGCAAUGGGCACAACUAACCUCCUAUUAACAACAAUCUCUUCCCACCGAUGAUUAAAAGAAUGCCAAAAUUAGCAAUAUAUUCCGAGGGAGAUAGCAGUUUUAAAUAAUUAUACACGUGUUAUAUAAGUGUAAUGUAAUUGAUUGAAACACAAAAUGGCCGAAAACGAAGCGCCAGUCACUGUGGACGAUCUGCCGAUGACGUUUCAGGUAAAAUAUUUAGGUCAAAGAGACGCCAAAGGUUUAUGGGGCAUCAAGCAUACCAGGAAACCUGUGGAUCUUAUGGUGGCUGCAGCGAAAGCCUUACCUCCAGAUCAAAUCCUGCCCAUCGUGAAAUUGGUGAUAUCUGUCGAUGGUGUUUUCAUAGAGACAGUACAUCAGGGUUUGAAGCGGAAUGAAUUCGAGCACAUGUCGGUCUUCUUCAAGAUCGAGUCCAUAUCCUACGGUGUGCAGGACCUCGUGUACACUAGGGUGUUCUCCAUGAUAACCGUCAAGGACUCGGUCAACGCCAAAGGUCUAAAUCCAUUCGAAUGUCACGGAUUUGUUUGUGAAUCAAGGAACGCCGCUCGACGUCUCAUUUAUUCCCUGUCAGCUGCGUUCCAAGAUUAUUCUAGAAGAGUUAAGGAGAUGCAGGCAGAACCUGAACUAAAUGAGAGACAUACAAAUCUAAAGAAGAGGUUUGCAAUAGAUCUUCGGACCCCGGAAGAAAUUGAAGCCGACCUGGAGACAGAGGCUUAACUUGAUUAUGUACAUUAAAAAAAAAAUAGAGGCUUAAUAUCAUAAACCCAAAGAUACAGUAUUGUAAAGCUAAUUACAUAAUAAAUAAAAAAAAAAAAAUAAAGUAUUGUAAAGUUAUUUGUCUAUGAUAUUGGGAUCAAUUCUGAAGCACGAUUUCUCUAAACAUCUCUUAAUUUAAUAUUUUAAUUAUUUUGUAUUUUUAUUUAUUUAUACUUUAUUGUACACAUUAAUGAUACAUACAAUAUAUGUCACAUGCAAUCAAAUGUACAAAGGUGAGCGUAACUCUAAAAGAGUUCUCUUCCAGCAACAGCCAAAGUGGAAAGAAAUAUCUUAACUGGACAGUUUCACGAAAUAACUGUUUUAUGAAACAUUAUGAACUAAAUUUAAAAUAGUUUAAAUUUGUAUCUAUUAAUAAAUUAAUUUAUUUCAGUCUUAAAUACAUAGAUUUUAAUGAGAUAUCAAAUUAAAAAAAUUUAAUUUUAGAAAUGCUUUUAGAGAAAUGACGUUUCAGAAUCGACUCCACUGUCAAUGCUCGUAACUUUUUUAAACAUCCAAAAUGGCGGGAGCUCUCAAUUUUUGCGUGUGCGCGCCAUUUUUAUUUAUUACUUUUUCUAGUUUAUCAUUAAAUUAAUUAAAUAUAUUUUGUAUAUAUUUAAGUUAACAUAUUUUUUGUAUUAAGCCAAAUUUAAUGAGGGCAUUGAACUGAAGUUUUAUUUUUUUUACUCAUGUUAUGAGUGAUUCUUUUAUAACUUCUAUAAUUUUUGUCUUAUAAUUUCUGCAUCUUUUUAAUGCGUAAACAUUCAUUUUAUUUAUUAAAUAAUACAUCCAGAUACAUUUAAUGCAUAAGUAUAUAGAACACUGAUAAAAAAAACGAGUCAGCUAAUUUGACAACUAGCUGACAAAUAGUUGACACGUUUUUGAGGGUCGAUGCUCUAUCUAAGAUAAUAUCAAAUUUUUAAGUAAAAAAAAAUGGGACUUCAGUCAAUUCCAGUUUUUCAUUCCCAUAAUGUUGUGAUUAUUAUAAUAAAUUUUAUAAUUAAUUAGAAAUAGAUAAAAACCAAAACAUGUCUUUGUGAUUUAGCUUUUAGUAUUUAAUACAUUUUUAUAUUUAUUAUAUAAUAUAGUCACUAUUAUAUUUUUAGAAUACAUUUAUUUAUAUAAAAUUAUAUAUUUUUCAACCAAUUUCUAAAAGAAGUAGGUUCUCAAUUCGGUUGUAUUUUUUUUUGUGUGUUUGUCACCUCAUAACUCCGUCAAUUGUGGACCGAUUUGGAAAAUUCUUCUUUUAUCUGAAAGCAUAUACUUACAGUUAAGUUCUGUAAAAAUUUUAUCAAAAUCGGUUCAGUGAUUUAGUUUUUAAAUCAAAAUAACUGAUUUUUUCACAGUUAAAGUUAGUUUCUUGUGGGACACAAUCUUUAUUUAUAAUAGAAAUAUUAGAUUUCAUUAAGGUUGCAUAUUUUUUGUUUAUAAUUAUUUACUUAUGCAAUUAUUUAAGAAUAGUUUCUUGCAUUACAAAAAUGCAAAUCGCAUAGUUUUUACUUUUACCCUAAUUUCUGUCUAAUUUUUAGUUUAUUCUUAUUCUAUGUACUGUUUUCUGAUUUUAACGCCAUACAAUUAUUAUUUUUUUUGUAAUAAAAAAAUGUCAUUAUUAAAUAUUUACUGUGUUUUAUAGAAUUUGGUAUAAAAGGGAACCGUAUUGCCUAUAUUUUUCCAUCUCUUUGUUGUAUAGUGUAAAAUUAUUGACGUAAUUUAUUUUAUUAAAAACGUUUGUUGUGAUAAUUCAUGUUUUUUUUUAUUAAUAAUAAAAAAAUUACUGUUCCCUCGACCACAGAUAGAGUAAGUAAUUAUUACGUUACCUAAAAAUUGUGGCACUGCCCUUAUAUUGACGAUAUUGAAAAAUGGAUCUAUGCAACCAUUUAGAAGUAAUAUACAAUAAAAUAAAUUCAUUUUAUAAAUACAAUAUAGAGACUUAACGCGAUUCGAUUGUAAGUAAAUAGUACCUACAUACCUAUCUAGUUAUUAUUUCCAACGUUUCGACGAGGAUUGCACUACAAUGUGGGCAUGACAGCGCCAAAAUAUAAAUAAAAAUCAGUUAUGUAGGUACUAUUUACUUACAAUCGCGUCGCGUUAAACCUAAUUAAGGUAUUUGAAAUAUGUGUCAACGAAGUAUAAGGUUAAAAUUCAUUUUAAUAGUGUUGUAACAUACUUCUGUCCAAAAUAUCGAUAUCAAUAGAUGUCAUAAAAUAGCUAGCUAUUUUUUAGUAUGAAAUUUUUAAAUUCAAAACCUGGUUGCAUAGAUUUAAUAUGAAUGAUUUUUCUUUGAAGUGAUGUGGGGCUGAUAUAGAACCACAAAAGCUUGGUUUUUUACUAAAAUUAGGCCCUUCAUCUUUUUGA